AUGGCCUCUCCGGUCUUCGAUACAGCCAGUGCCCAGGACGAGUUCGCUGGCAAUGAUUCAGAUAGCAAUGCCUCCCAUCCUCCUCGCGACGCAUCCGAGUCCUACGAAGCUGGUUCCCCCGAUGCGGACGGGGAUGAAGAAGAAUUCACAAUGGAGAACGGGGUCCGGGAGAGCAGCCCCUCCAAUGAUGAAAAUUCUUCAUCCUCAGAAGCGAGAAGGGGUACCAAGCGCAAAUCCUCUUCAAUGGAUGAAACUCAGUUCAUGAGACAGAAUCCUGACCUCUAUGGACUUCGAAGAAGUGGUCGUGCUCGCAAGACGCUUCAAAUAGUUGACUCAGAUUCGGACUCGGAUGCAGUCGCACCGCGUACACAACGUCGACGCCAGGCCGCACCCCGGCAAAACUCGAAACGUCCCUCCCACUCCGCCACCCAGUCGCCGUUCUCCUCAGAAGAAGAGGAGGACGAGGAUGAAACUGAAGAUUCGGAUAGUGAUGAGUACGGAGGACCUCGCGCUCGUGCCAGCAAGGCAAAGCGACGACGUCUGCUGCAAGCCGCGUCAAGCAAUGAGCCCCCUCACGGCGAGGUUCGUUUCUCCACUAGAAACGCAUCCAGGGUCUCGAACUAUCGUGAGGACGAUGACGAGUCGAUGUUUGAAGAUGACCCUGAAGACGUGUUGGAGAGCUACUGGGCCAAUGAUACGGUGGAAGAAGACAACCGCCCUGCGGUGGAUGUCGUCCUCAAUCAUCGCCUGAAGGAGGGCGUCGAUCCCAAGAACACUGACUUGGAUCGUCACCACUUUGAAUUCUAUAUCAAGUGGCAAGGGAAGUCACAUUAUCACGCGACGUGGGAGGCGUCUGAGACUCUCGCCAACUGCCGUAGCACCCGUCGCCUUGACAACUAUAUUCGCAAAAUCCUGUCCGAAGACAUCCGCCUUCAUAUUGACGAUGACGUGCCACCGGAGGAUCGCGAAAAAUGGAACCUGGAUCGUGAGAGAGAUGUAGAAGCAAUUGAGGACUACAAAGUAGUUGAACGCGUUAUUGGUAUGCGUGAUGAAGAGGAGGGCCCCGAGUAUCUCGUCAAGUGGAAGCGUCUCUUUUACGAUUCCUGCACAUGGGAGAGUGAAGAGCUCGUCAGUCAGAUCGCCCAACGGGAAAUCGAUCGCUUCCUCGACCGUUCAUCCCACCCUCCUAUCUCUGACAAGUCCGAGACCAAUCCCGCGACGCGUAAAAAGUUUGAGACCAUGAAGGGCACCCCGAGCUUCCUGCAAAACGGAGAGCUGAAAGAGUUCCAAGAGAAGGGAGUGAACUUUAUGGCAUACAACUGGACCAGGAAUCGCAAUGUCGUCCUCGCAGACGAGAUGGGUCUGGGGAAAACAGUACAGACCGUGGCCUUCAUCAAUUGGUUGCGCCAUAUAAGGCGCCAGCAGGGGCCCUUCGUCGUCGUUGUUCCGCUAUCGACUAUGCCGUCGUGGGCCGAAACGUUUGAUCACUGGACACCAGACUUGAACUACGUCGUCUAUAACGGCAACGAAGCCGCUCGGAACGUCCUCAAAGAGCACGAGCUCAUGCUGGACGGGAAUCCCAAGCGCCCCAAGUUCAACGUAUUGCUCACUACCUACGAAUAUGUCCUCCAAGAUUCCGCGUUCCUCAGCCAAUUCAAGUGGCAAUUCAUGGCUGUCGACGAAGCCCAUCGUCUGAAGAACCGUGAUUCUCAGCUUUACAUCAAGUUGCUCGAAUUCAGAUCACCGGCCCGCCUCCUCAUCACUGGCACGCCUAUCCAGAACAACCUUGCUGAGCUCUCCGCCCUCCUGGACUUCUUAAACCCAGGUGCGAUCCAGGUUGAUGAAGACAUGGAUUUGAAUGCCGAUGCUGCAUCCCACAAGCUUGCAGAGUUGACUGAGUCUAUCCAGCCUUUCAUGUUACGACGGACCAAGUCCAAGGUCGAGUCUGAUCUUCCUCCAAAGACCGAGAAGAUCAUUCGUGUCGAGCUUUCGGAUGUACAGUUGGAGUAUUACAAGAACAUCCUGACCAAGAACUAUGCGGCUUUGAACGAUGGGGCCAAAGGGCAGAAACAAUCUCUCCUGAACAUAAUGAUGGAACUCAAGAAAGCAAGCAACCACCCUUUCAUGUUUCCUACUGCCGAGAAUAAGAUUCUGGACGGGUGCAUACGCAGGGAGGAUAUACUGCGUGCGAUGAUUACCAGUAGUGGGAAGAUGAUGUUGCUUGAUCAGCUCCUAGCCAAGCUGAAACGUGACGGACAUCGUGUCCUAAUCUUCAGUCAGAUGGUAAAGAUGCUAGAUCUCCUGGGAGAUUACAUGGAUUACCGUGGCUACACUUAUCAACGUCUCGACGGAACUAUCGCUGCUGCUUCGCGUCGUCUGGCAAUUGAACAUUACAACGCGCCCGGCAGCAGUGACUUUGCGUUUAUUCUCUCCACGAGAGCAGGUGGACUUGGUAUCAACCUGAUGACGGCGGACACGGUCGUUCUGUUUGACUCAGAUUGGAACCCGCAGGCGGAUUUGCAAGCCAUGGCGCGAGCCCAUCGGAUCGGACAAACAAGGCCCGUGAGCGUGUAUCGUCUAGUGUCCAAGGACACUGUCGAGGAAGAAGUCAUCGAAAGAGCUCGCAACAAGCUCCUUCUCGAAUGGAUUACUAUCCAGCGUGGUGUCACUGACAAGGAGGCGUCUGAAAUCCAGACCAAGAUGGCUCGUGGAGGCAUCGUUGGCGAACCAAACUCGACAGAUGAUAUUUCUCGUAUUCUCAAGCGCCGCGGCCAGAGAAUGUUUGAGCAAACCGGCAACCAGGAGAAGCUGGAGCAGCUCGACAUCGACUCCGUUCUCGCCAAUGCUGAAUUGCACCAAACGGAGCAAGCCGAAGAGAUCCAAGCAGAUGGUGGUGAGGAGUUCCUCAAGGCGUUCAACUAUGUCGAUAUCAAGGUGGACGACCUCACUUGGGAUGACAUAAUCCCCAGAGAACAACUCGAAGGGAUCAAGGCCGAUGAGAAGAAGAAGGCCGAUGAACGGUAUCUGGAGGAUGUCAUUGAGCAGAAUCGGCCACGCAAGCGCAAUCAACCCACGGAAGAGGAAGAUACCCGUGAAGAGCGCAAGGCAAAACGGCAAGCUAGGGCACAGGUUAGCAUGGAUGAUGGAAACGAGUCCGACAAUAACCAUUCCCGGGAUCCGAAGCGACCGCUUAUUGAAAAGGAAUACCGCCAUCUUAUGCGGGCAUUCUUACGCUACGGUGACAUUGAGGACCGCGAAGAAGAUAUCAUCCGGGAGGCUCGCCUGUUGGACCGUGACAGAGAGACCGUCAAAGCCUCGCUUCGUGAAAUUACCGACAAAGCUAAUAAUCUGGUGCGGGAAGACAUGGACAAGUUAGACGCACUGGAAAGGGCAGGCAAGGUGCCAACGAAGAAAGAAAAGAAGGCGGUUCUCUUCGAUCUCCACGGGGUGAAGCGACUCAAUGCAUACACCAUCGUCGAGCGACCCGCUGAGAUGCGCAUCUUGAGGGACGCGGCGGCCCUGUCGGAUUUCAGGAACUUCCGUGUCCCGGAAGCUACCAAGGCUCCGGAUUACACCUGCAGCUGGGGUGCACGGGAGGACGGUAUGCUCUGUAUUGGCAUUGCUCGUCACGGGUAUGGUGCAUGGACUCAGAUUCGGGAUGACACUGAUCUGGGACUCGGGGACAAGUUCUUUCUCGAAGAGCACCGGGUGGAGCGAAAGACUGAGCGGCUUACUACCGAGGAUAAGUCGACCAAGUCACCUGGUGCGGUGCACCUCGUUCGUCGUGCCGAUUAUCUGUUGUCUGUGUUGCGAGACAAGGUUACCAAUGGCUCCAGUGUCAGCGCCAGAAGGGCGGUUGAAAACCAUCAUCGCAACAACCGGAAGAAUUCUCGCGCCCCGGCCAGUGCCAGUGUAUCGGCAUCACCGGCUCCUUCAAUGUCCCGUAAGGGCCUGAGGGAGGCGGAUAGGUCGAGACAUCGGUCUCAUACCCAUCGCGACAGUGUGGAUAGGCAUCAUACUCCUGAUUCUCGUGCCAGAUCUGUACAUCACAAUGACCGGUCUCGUCGGGUCUCGGAUGCCUCAAGCGAAGAGGUGCGUCGGCGCAAGAGCGGCGAGAAUGGUAGCUCUGGGAAAGAGGAUAUGUCUCGGUUGUUCUUCAAGCCCAUCCGGGAAGAUCUCAAGAAGGUGUCUGCGGUUACAAAAGAGAACUUUGCGAACAAAUUGGAACGGGCUUCGGAGUUACGGCGUCUUCUCGGCUUGAUUGGUGACUUUAUCCGGAAAACUCUGCAUGGCGAAAAAUCGCUACAUUCCCUGGAAGUACGGUUAUGGGAUUAUGUUUCGGUCAACUACUGGCCAAACAAAGACGCAGGGGGAGCCAAGUUGCGCGAAAUGUACCAGAAACUGCAUGCGCAUGCGGCCAAACCCGUGUCCAACGGGAAUUAG